ACCAGAAAAUACUGACAACCAACUUACACCAGAUGACCAAAAACGCACACCAGACACUAUGGAGUCGGUGGAAGUAAGAAGGCGCAGACUCAUAAGUUUACUAAUAAAGACAAUCAAAGAGAAGCAAGCUAUGGACACUCAGAAUGCGAUGGGACCUGAAGUCCAUAAGGAUACUUCAGCUGAAACUACUGUACACAGUAAGAAAGAUGUACCGGAGCAUACUCACAACCCACUUGCUUCAGAUGACCAAAAAGGCACACCAGAGACUAUGGAGUCGGUGGAAGAAAGAAAGCGCAGACUUUAUUCUAUGAUAUUAAAGAAACUUGAAGCUAUGCAAGGAAUGCAAAAUGUUCCAGACAUUAAACAGCUAUUUUUUAAAAAAGGAGAGUUUGAACCUCAUGAUGAGGGGUCCUGGGAAGAAUACCAAAGCUAUUUUCCACAUGGGGUUCAUGUUCCCGACUCUAGACAAACUUUGCAGAUGGAUUCCACCAUGGUAGAGAGUUAUAUAGCCCAGGUGGGAGACUCGGAUGUUGAAGAACAACAAGAACAACUGGAUAGUAAAGAGAAUUUUCCUGAUGCUUAUGAAGUACAGCGCUGGGAAAUGAGAAAAAGACCAAGCACUCUUUCUCCUGCGGUCAACACACUAUUUGUACGGCGACCAACGUCUUCCGAGUCUGAUGAGGAAAGUACACCCAUCAGAAGGAAGAAGAGGAGAAAUAAGAGGCACCUUUAAUUAAAACCCUUCCCUUCCAUAUUUCCCCUGCCCCAUGUCCUUG